AUAACUUCAAACCCCUUUGCAGAAUCUGGAAGAAUCGUCGGGGCUCGUGCCAACCACAAGACAAGAGAUCUCAAUUAUGUAAGAAGAGGAGACGUUUUAUUAUGUUUCAUUGUGGGAAAAAUAAAUGCAAACAGUGGCAUUUAAUCCCCCAACAACAGUAAAAACCUUCGCGUGGGAGAAGAACGUGAGCCACUGCCAACUAACUUGCAUCAGCUGGGGUUGAAUGGCUGAGUGCUCAGUCACAGACUCUCUGGAUUUGAAUCCAGAUGGGCCUUCAUCACGACAGAAACCAAAUCAACACCAGUCCAGGAGGGGUCGAGCCAGAGUGGACCACAACCGUACCUGGAGUAGUCCUAAUAAUUAUGGCCCACUGCCGCAGCAGCAGCAAGAACAUUUUCAUCAUGGGGUCAAAUCAUCUCAUGACAAUGUCCUAGUAAACUUCCAUCCUCCUCCCCACCACAGAGAGGAUGUACAGAGGGGUCGAGGAAGAGGGGGUAAUGGAAGUUGGGGGGAGGUGGCCGGGGCUCAAGGGGCCGGAAUCCGAGGUGGAAUAGGCCUGGGGUUGAAAUUGGCACUGGGCCCCUUGGCUUACCUGGGGGCCCCCAUGGACUUGUUGGUGGAGGCUACAGGCCUGGAACACUCCACAUGGAGAGGGGACCCCCCAUUGACGGGCCUAGCUGGCGUCGAGACCCUGGGGGCCGGGGGGGAGAGGUGGGGCCUGCCCACGAAGACCACCAGGACACCCGGCCUAAAAAGCCCCGGCGGUUCAGCCAGGAGCCACGGAGAGGAGAGAGGAGCUCUAAAGGACCUCCUCACUCUCUGGACAAGCAGGAGAACCAGGAAAACCAUGCUACAGGAGGAGGGGGAGGAGGCUGGGAUCCGGUUGAGCCCAGAGAAGAAACCCUAUCAUUAGAAAUUGGAACCAGAAACCGUAAAGGCGGUAGGACUGAGGACAGGAACCCCCAUGUUGACCCUCGAAAGAAAUUCCAAGAGCCAAAGCGAAGCCAGGGGCCGAUCAAAGAAUAUCCCCAGGAGAGGAAGGAGUCUGAAAGGGGAGCCAGCGGCAGAGACAUCCUCCCUGCCCAUCAUGACAAACUGGGCCCCAGCACUGAAGAAGAGCCCAACUGGAGGGGUCAGGGGAAAUGCACCCCCCUGCAGGACAGAGGCCAGAGGAGAACACCCAAAUAUGACUACAGGCCUGGGCAGAAGAGGGGGGACAACAUGCCCAACAAGAGCAAGGAGACACAGACCGGUUGCCUGAUUGAGCAGCUGUCCGAGGAGAAGUAUGAGUGCAUGGUGUGCUGUGAGGUGAUCAGGGUGAUGGCACCUGUCUGGAGCUGUCUCAGCUGCUUCCAUGUCUUCCAUCUCAACUGCAUCAAGAAGUGGGCCCGCUCCCCAGCCUCACAGGCAGACGAAACAAAUGAUGGGUGGCGGUGUCCAGCUUGUCAGAAUGUUGUCUUCCAACCCCCAAACACCUACAAGUGCUUCUGUGGCAAAGUGACCAACCCGGAGUUCCAGCGUAGCGAGAUCCCACACAGCUGUGGAGAUAUGUGUGGGAAGAAGAGGAGCGGAGCAGACUGCAAGCACCCCUGUAACAUCUUGUGUCACCCCGGACCUUGUCCACCGUGUCCUGCCUUUGUCACCAAAGCCUGCAUCUGUGGAAGAACCAGUCAGCCAAUGCGGUGUGGCCAGGCCACUGCCAUCCACUGUGACAAGCAGUGUGACUUGAUCCUCAACUGUACCGAACACACCUGCACCCAGGCGUGCCACAGCGGACUGUGCCAGCCAUGCCAACUACAGGUCCAGCAGGUGUGCUUCUGUGGUGUUGUCUAUCGGGAGGUGCUGUGUGGGACGGAUAAAGACUGCUUUGACGGCUCAGGACACUUCUCCUGUCAGAAAGCAUGUGGCAAGAUGUUGGACUGUGAGGCCCACCGAUGCAAGCAGGUGUGCCACCGUGGGCCAUGCCAGCCGUGCCCACGCUCCCCCAGACUGGUGAGGAAUUGCCCCUGUGGGCAGACGGCCUUGGCCAAGCUCCUGGAGCUGGGCUACCCUGAGCGCCGCAGCUGCUCUGACCCAAUCCCUUCCUGUGGCAAGACCUGCAACAAGCCCCUGCCCUGUGGAUCCAACGACACUAUCCACAUCUGUGAGAAGCUGUGCCACGAGGGCUGCUGUGGCCCCUGCACACUCACCUCCACCAUCAAAUGCAGAUGUGGUUCGAAGAUCAAUGAUGUUCCCUGUGCAACCAUCCAGAAUGAAGAUGGACUAAUUUUUACCUGUGAGAAGCGCUGCCUAAAGAAGCGCUCCUGUGGCCGACACAAAUGUGGCGAGCUGUGCUGUGUGGGUGUGGAACACACAUGCUCUCUGGUCUGUGGCUACAAGCUCAACUGUGGCCUCCACCGCUGCCAAGAGCUCUGUCACCGUGGGAACUGCCAACCCUGCUGGCAAACCAGUUUUGAUGAGCUGGCGUGCCACUGUGGGGGGACUGUCCUGUUCCCCCCAAUCGCCUGUGGGACCAAGCCCUUAGAGUGUAAGAACCUGUGUACCAGGAGGCACAAGUGUGACCACCAAGUGUUCCAUAAUUGCCAUGGUGAGGAGAAGUGCCCACCCUGUACUUACCUCACUCAGAAGUGGUGCAUGGGAAAGCAUGAGCGAAGGAGCAACAUUCCGUGCCACCUGCAGGACAUCUCCUGUGGUCUGACCUGCAACAAGGUGCUGCUGUGUGACCUCCACCGCUGCCGCCGCAUCUGCCACCGGGGAGAAUGUCUGGCCAAGGGCGCCUGCCGCCAGCCCUGUGUGCUGCCCCGUGCCGACUGUGGCCACCCCUGCAACGCCCCUUGCCACAAGGGCACCAGUUGCCCGCGCAACACCUGCGCUGCCAAGGUGGCGCUACAGUGUGACUGUGGCCGGAGAAAGGAAACUGUAGUGUGCACGGAGGCAGCCAGUGCCCAUCAGAGGUAUGCAGCCAUUGCCAUGGCCAGUAAGCUGUCUGACAUGCAGCUGGGUGACUCUGUAGACAUCGGUCUCAUCACUAAGAAGGAGAUGAAACAGGCCAAGUUGGAGUGUGACGAAGGGUGUGCUGCACUGGAAAGGAACAGGCGAUUGGCUGUGGCCCUGCAGAGUUACCCUUCAGUGGACCCCUUCAACAUCCGCACCUCCUCCUCCACUUAUAGUGACAGCCUUCGAGGAGAUGCCAGAAAAGAUUUGAAGUUUGUCAGCGAGGUUGAAGAGGAGAUCAAGAAUCUGGUUGAGUUGGCCAGCAAGGGUAAACAGACCAAGAGGAGCCACUGCUUCCCCCCAAUGAACAGAGAGCACAGGAAGAUAGUCCACGAGCUGGCUGAGGUCUACAAUGUAGAGAGUGUGAGCUACGACAGCGAGCCCAAACGCAACGUGGUUAUCACCGCCAUCAGGGGGAAGUCUGCCUGUCCUAACUCAACACUGACGUCCCUGAUAGAGAGAGAUACAGGGGUCUCAAGGGCUCCCCCACCCAUUGCCCAUAUCAAACAACAUAGCAAGACUGAUGGUGUGAGCAGCUGGUCCAAGGCAGUCAAAGAAGAGCCGGCAAUCGACUACUUCGAUGUCCAGGAUUAAUAAAGGCCCAAAACAAGCAAACCUCGACGUAAUAAUACUAAAUAAUGUAUCUGCUGCUCCAAGAUGGUCUGAAAUCUGUAAUGCCAUCUCACCUCAUUUAUUGUGCUUGUCUUCAAGAGAAAAUAUCACUGCAGUACUAUUUUAAUUUUGUAACCAAGUAAAAAGUGUUUAACUGCCAUAUGCAAAUAGCAUGAGCAAAUCUUCAGACUUUGAAAAUAAUCAUGGAUUGCAUUUGAAUAGUUAACAAUUUUCACUAGUUCCUAAAGUGCAACUGUUGUAUUAGAUGAGGGGACAUGCAGUACCUUAUUUCAAUAAAGCAAUUUUUCAAUAGUGUUGAUACUUGACUUACCAAUAUAAUGCAGAGAACCUGUAUUGACAUUGUUACAAAUGCUAUAAAAUAAAACUACACAAGAUAAUACAUAAUGAUCAGGUAUUUUUAAAGAAAGGCUUAUUACGUUCGGUAAGGUUCUUUUAAAGUUUGUUUGGGUUCUUUUGGCCAUGAUCAAUUAGGUUGCAUUUAACUAUCAACAUGAUGCUCAGGUGAUGAAAGGGGCUGUAUCAUACAGACCAUAUAUAUUUUCUGAACAAAAAAAUAAAUGCAACAUGUGAAGUGUUGGUUUCAUGUGCUGAAAUAAAAUAUCCCAGAAACGUUC